AUGGCUAUCAUUCGAUCGACUAUCCUCCUCUUCGCUGCCUCGGCUGUUGCCUCGCCAGCUCUGCUUCCCCGCCAGGCCAGCACUGUGACCGUCACCCAGACGGCGUCUGCUGCAUCUCCUACGUCUUCUGCAUGGAACUCUGGGGCUGUUGAUAACUUCCCCAUCCAUUCUUCAUGCAACGCAACAGAGGCUGCUCAGAUCAAGAAGGGUCUUGGGGAAACGCUGACCAUUGUGCGACACGCACGUGAUCACAUCCUGCGAUGGGGCAACUCGAGCGAGAUCUACCAGAAAUACUUCGGCAAUGCCAGCACUGGUGAGCCAAUUGGCUGGUAUACCAAGAUCGCCGACGGCGAUAAGGCAGGCGUGUUGUUCCGAUGCGACAACCCCGAUGGUAACUGCGAGCAAGAAGGUUGGGCUGGCCAUUGGCGUGGUGAAAACGCUACCUCGGAGACUGUGAUCUGUCCGCUCUCAUAUGAAGUACGCAGGCCUCUCGAGGCGCUGUGCGGCUUUGGCUGGGACGUCGCCAAUGGUGCGACCAACUUUUACUGGGCGUCUGAUCUGCUGCACCGUCUCCUUCACAUUCCUAAGGUUGGUGAAGGUAUUGUCGAGCAUUAUGCGGAAGACUACGCAAGCGUCAUUGAGCUUGCGCAAACAGAGUCCGACCUCUCUGUGAGGGACAGCGAUACGCUGCAAUUGUUCGCUCUUGAAGCGUACGCACACGACAUUGCGAUUCCCGGCGAAGGCUGUGCUGGAAAAUAUACCGCUACAAGCUCCGAGGCUGCGAGUGCAACCAGUGCAGCUGCGAGCUCCAGCAGUGUCGAGGCUGCAAGCGCGACCGAGACGCCUUCGCCCACUCUGAGCGAAGCUCCCUCAGCAACUUCGGCUGCGGCUGCGGUAAGUGUUGAGGUACUGCCAGAAACAUAG